CCCCCCCCCUUUUUGAAAAAUUGAUUCCGUACAUUUAUAAAAAAAAGUCAUAAAUACAGCAGUUUUGAUAAGUAGGAUGAACACGUUAAACUAAUUUUAUACAUAGUUCAAUGUCCAAUAAUAAUAGCCGAGAUGAACAACCCCAUUACCACCCACAACAACAACAGCAAUACCAGCAACAACAGAGGCCUAGAAUAAGUAAUCCUUAUUCUGAUAAUCCCACCUUCAACACAUUUUAUCCUAACAAUGGUAGCCAUACCUUGGCUUCCACAUACAAUACAGCAUCAUCAACAGGCGAACCAAUAAUUAAUAAUUAUUACCAAUUACAGCAACAACAGCAGCAAUUGUAUCAACCCCAACAACAACCACAAUAUACAUUUCAAACGUUUGUACCCGCACAACCACCUAGCUUACAACAGUUCUCUGACCCCGUCGUGCCCACUGAACCCGACGAAUUCAUCAUUGACUUGUUGAGAAAGCCUCAACAACGUUUAUUCUUGUUAAAAUUAGAAUUGGAAAUAGAAGCAUUCAUCAAGGAUGAACAGAAACUUCGCCUAGACUUGCCUGGUAUGAAUUCUUAUCAACGCUUAAUAGUUCAUAAAUUGGCUCCUUAUUACAAGUUAAAUCAUUAUCAUGAUGCCAUGAGAAAAGCUGUUUAUGUUUGCAAGACAUUUAUUACAGAGCUGCCCAAGGUUCGAUUGCCUGAUGUUCGUUUGGACGAGCAUGAUGAAACUGAAUCAUCACCAUUAUCAUCAGCAACAGCAACAACAACAGCCGCUUCCAGCCAAAACGGUGACCCUCAUGCGACUGAAGAAUCGAAUCAUAAGAACGAAGAGACACCUCCACAAUUUAAAAUCAUGCGUCGUUCAGAAGGAUCCAGUCCUUCCUCGCGUAAUUCCAACACGGAAGAUGCAUCUAAAGAAAGUAGAAAAAAUAUGACGUUUGAAGAAAGAAAAACUGCCUAUGAAGAAGCAAGAGCUCGCAUUUUUCAAAAUCUGGAAACUGCUAACAAUAAACAAUAAUUUUUUUUUUUUUUUUUUUU